AGCGUAGACUGAUGCGAUUUGGUUUGCUGCCUCCCGCUGUAGAAGAAGGUCCUCCUCACUGCGCCCCGAAACCUCGCCGGCCGUCAAAGGAAGAAGCAACAGGUUCACUGACACUUCGGCAUUCGUCCUCGAGAGCUCUUGGAAGCAACAGGCUAACAGCACUCGCUCUCUUUCCCACCCGCCCCCCUCUCUCUCUCUAUCGCUCGCGAUCUACCUCGCUCUCGGCGUCCCUCGUACUCAUCCAACACACAAAUCAUCAAAAAUGGUCUUCGGCAGUUCCUCCUCUUCCUGGUGUUCCCUCAUCGUGGUGAGCUUCGUCGUAUUGAUGGUGGUGUUCGCAGGGGCGGGCGAGGCCAUGCCCCCGCCCAUCUGCACAGACCAGAAGCUCCCUCUCAGCCCAUACGCCCAAAAGCUCUGCGCUGCCCUUAACAAUAUCGCCGAGUUCUCCCGCGCUAUGGAGGAAUACCUCGAUGCAAAAGCCAUCAAAAACAGUAUGCCCAUCAACGAGCCCGAGGUCAAACGGCAAGAUCUGGACCACGUCUUCCUCCGAUUCGGCCGAUCACAGUAACGCCACAACAUCAACACGAGAUCAAAACGACUGAAAGAAAAGCGAAAGAAGAAGAAUGACGACAACAACAACAGAAGAAGAAGAAGAAUGUUAGAAGAGAGAAAGAAAUGAAAGGGAGGAGGAGUUGGAGGAGGAGGAGGAGGAGGAGGUUACAAUCAUCUUCACGACAGAACGAGGAGGCGGAGAACCAAGUUCCAGCAGACGUUUUGAUCGGAAAAAAACAAAAAAGGAUAAAAAAAAACUAAUGAAAAAAUAACAUAAAUUUAUUUUCCGUAUUUUCGUGUUCUCGCUGAUGAAGAAUGUAACUCUCCUUAUCUUUUUUGUAUUUAAUUUGUAUCCUGUUACUUAUAUUUUUAUGUAAAUGUUUUUUUUCAUUAUUUUUUUUCUCUCCAUGUCAUCAGUAACUUCAAGCAACGCUCGGGGAAAAAUAAAACUGUGACUCUAUGUUAUGUUUAUUAUCUGUUGACCAGAUAUGGAAAGCAACGUCACAUUCAUCUGCAUAUGUACUCGCUAAUUCACUGAUCGGUAUUAUAUAUAUAUAUAAAAGCACAUUUAGGCAGGCAUAUAUAUAUCUAUAUGUACGUAUGUAACUUUUCAUGCAUGCAUAAAUGCACGCAUACGCAUCAUCACUCCAGCUACCAGAGCAAGAGGGCGCCGUUGUGUCAUUUGCAUAUCUUAGUGAAAUUUAUCCAAAAAAGAGAGGAAAUACUUUUGAAAAGAUUAUCACCACACUGACAACAGGAUUUGUCGUUUUGCCUUGCAAAUGUGAAACCUAGCCAGCUUGCUCUAUCUGCUUGUGAGGGGGAUAAAAAGAAGAUAAAUAAAUAAGGAGGUGAUCGGACAAAGUUACUGAGGACAGCUGGGUCUCAACUUAUGUCUUGAUAAUGUUCAAUCUGUCAGCCUACAUGAUUUUCAUUUCAUUCUUGUAUGUUCAUCCACUGUCAGUAAUUUUACGUUUUCCCAACGGGAGGUUCUUGAAAAUAUAUCAAUUUGUCAUCUGUGUGUGCAAAUGCAAGGGCCUUUUUUUUUCUUUAACACAAAUCUAAUAAAGAGACAAAGGAGAAAUCCGCUAAUAUGUCAUUGACAAACUAACUUUUUCUUGAUGUUAUUUCUUGAUCCUGAUAUGAAAUGCCUUCCUUGUAUUUGAGGAGAAAAAACGGUUUUAAGAGGACAUGUGUCUUCUACUAGAUUAGAAAAAUACAAUGUUUUCCAUUUGAGUACUUUCGUUCGAAUGAACCUCCUGUUGUGUACCCAAGAAUUAUGAUCUCACAGGUCUAUCUAGCCUCUUACGAAACUACUUGUUUGUGUAAAUACAAUGUUACCUUCCACCCCAUGGCCAUAAUUACCUGCUCUAUCCCGCUGAAGAAUUAAUAAUGAUAAAUAAAUAAAAAAAAAAUCUCAAUCCUUAUAUUCUGUACUUGUCGGUGACCGUCUGCCUGCCAAUUCACUCCGAGAUGUUUGCCGUUAAAUCUCUGUAUUCGCUGAUGACGAAAGAACAUUAGUUUCAUUAACACAUAAAUUGGAGAUGAUGAAGUU